CAGAGGUGAGCGUUCGGACUUCGCUUGUGCAUCCGCGUCCUGACGUGGCACUGUAAGUGUCUAUGUUUAUUUGUUCGCGCUAAUGAUUAACCCCCAGCAGAGCUAUAUAUAUAUAUAUGUUUCAGUGAGGAGUGUGCAUCCCAGCAGCGCUUCGCUCACCUGCGCGUCAUUGGUGCGUCCCUUAAACGUGUCACAACUUUUGAUGGAUUACCCCACUUCUGAGUGCUCAGGUGCGGCUCAGUCCUCUCCAUCCACUCGCUAGUGCGCGUCUCUCCGAACUCUGUCAGACUCAAUCGAGCAAAGUCAGCAUGUUCUUGGUGUCGUUCUCGUGGGCGCACCUGUGCGAGCUCGUGUCCGCGGUGCUGCUGUCCACGCUGGUGGUGCUGAGCGCGCUCACGGUGAGGGGAACGAGCGCGGCCGCCACCGGCUGCACGACGUGCGGCAUGCCUGCGAUGGAGAAGGGCACGGAGGAGCGUUACCUGGUCGAGAUGGCCAAACAGCAGAUCCUGAGCAAGCUUCACCUGCGGGAGAGGCCGAACAUCACGCAGACGGUGCCGCGUGCCGCGCUCAUGACGGCGCUGCGCAAGCUCCACGCGGGCCGCGUCAGACAGGACGGAACGCUGGAGCUGGACAAUAACGUGCCAAACUCACGCACGAACAACCAGGCGUACGAGAUCGUGAGCUUCGCUGAUGUCGAUUCCGAGGUUUCUGCCGGCAUCGACACCAGUCUGUCGUUCCAGUUCCUGCAGGAGAAAGGUCACAGCGUCCAGGUGCUGCAGUCGUCGCUGUGGCUUUACGUAAGUCAGACUGACACGCCUCAUCACGGCAGCCGAGUAAACGCAGAAAUCUCCCUGCCGGCGUCGAGCACCGCUAAUCGCACGCUGCUGCUCCAGAGGAGCGUGGAUGUGUCACGAGGCGGAUGGCACACGUUCCCGGUCACCAGCGCCCUGCAGACAUUUCUGGACGGCGGUCAGCGGAGGUUCAGUCUAGAGGUGCACUGCGAAGACGGCGGUCGAAACCUGUGCAGUCGCGAAACAUCAGGCGAAUCCUCCCAUCAGCCGUUCCUAGUUGCACAGGUGCAGUUGCGUGAAGAUGCCACCAAACACUUGCUGAGCAAACGCUCGCUGGAAUGCGGCGAAGACGUGAGCGUGUGCUGCAAAAAAGACUUCUACAUCAAGUUCCGUGACAUACAGUGGCAGGACUGGAUCAUAGCGCCUGAGGGCUACCAUAUGAACUACUGCAUGGGACAGUGUCCACAGCAUUUAUCCGGCUCGCCCGGCAUCGCCUCGUCCUUCCACGCCACCGUCUUCAGUCAACUGAAGGCCAACGGCAUCCACACAGCCGUGUCGUCCUGCUGCGUCCCCAUCCAGAGACGACCGCUCUCCAUGGUCUACUUCAACUCGCAGCACACCAUCGUGAAGACCGACGUCCCGGACAUGAUCGUCGAAUCCUGCGGGUGCACAUAAAGAACAAUUAAGUGACUUAAAUUGUUAGCUCAUGCAAAAAUUAGCCUGUGAUUUACUUACCCUCAAUGCAUCCCAGGUGUACCAGUCAUAAGGGAUUAAACAAGCUUUCUUUUGAUGAAUGGUUAGUUAGGAUAGGCCGAUAUUUGGCCGUGAUACAACUAUUUGAAUAUCUGGAAUCUGAGGGUGCCAAAAUCACCUUUAAAGUUUUUAGCUAUGCAUAUUACUAAUUCAUUCGUUCUUUCAGACAAAUCCAAUCAGAGUUGUAUAAUAAAAACUGUCCUUGCUCUUCCAAGCUUUAGAAUUGCAGAGGGCAUUUUUUUCUGUUCAACAGUCCAAAAGAAGUGCAAUAAAGCUCAUGCAUCCAUAACAGCUCCAGGGAAAUAAUAAAGGUCUCCUGUAGCAAAUCGAUGUGUUUUUUAAGAAAAAUAUCCAUAUUUAAAUAAUUAUAAACACUUUUCUCUCACUUCUGUGGAUGACAUAGGACAGAGGAUGGAUGCACUUUAUUUUGACGUCUUUUGAACUGUUAAACAGAAACACCCGCCCACUGCAGUUAUAAACCUAGGAAGAGCAAGGAACAUUUAUAUAAUAUUAUUCCAAAAGGAUUCAUCUAAAAGAAGAAAGUCAUACACACCUAGGAUGGCUUGAGGUUGAGUAAAGCAAAGGCUUAUUUUCAUUCAAGAGGCGAAAUAUGCUCUAAUCAAGGCUUUCUGUCUAAGCAAAGUUUAUUCGUUAUGGGUUUUUAUAGAUGUGGAAACACUCAGGGAAAUCAAAGCCACUGUAAAAGCCACACUUAGGCCUGAAUCAGCACGGUUACCCAUCAUGACAGUAAACAUUUAGAUACUGCCAAACAUCCCAGAAAAGAUCUGACAGCGAAUGAAAAUGGUGCAUUAGUAUCUAAUACAUUUCUCUCACAAUAUAGUUCUCAAAGCUUAUUUUGACUGUUUACGCUAAGCACCAGCAAAUGCAACUAUAUAUGUAUACUGGCUUUCUUUUCAACAUGCUUUUUUCUGUUCUGUUCUUUUAUUUGUAUUAUUAUUAUUAUUAUUAAUAAUAAUACGUCUUAUUUAUAUAGCGCCUUUGAAAAAGCAGUACAGUAAUCUACAGACAGUACAAUAACACAUUGUACAGGUGUAUUUUUGCCAUGUUUAUUGUGUCUUAUGUUCUCCUUUUGUUUAGUCUGAAGCACUUCCUAGUGAUGCAUAGUGUAGGGAAAUCUGCAACUGCACUUUAUAUGUUGUUUUGCGUAGUUAGUGGGAAUCGAGCCAUGCAAAUCCGAUUUACGUGUUGUGUUUAUGUUUUCUUUGACAAAAUGAUACUGUAACUUAUGACACAAUAUUAAUGCUUUUUAUUAAGGCUCUUUGGAGGAGACUAAUUUCUAUAAUUUUUUAAUAAAGGAAUAUUUUCUUAUAGGUGAGACAGCUUGGAAAUCUGUACUGUAUUGUAUAUUGUAAUUUUGCUGAAUAUGUGUAUUUUUUUAAAUAAAUAUUUUAUCUA